CUCCCGGGAGCCGGUGAAGCGCCCUGGUCCUGUCUGUCCCACCCCCUCUUGCCUCCACCCCAUGGCCAGCUGUCUCCUCCCUGGGCUGCAGACCCCCAGCCCCUUCUGCGAGGGGUGGGGGUGGGGGUGCUCCGGCCUGGUGUGUUCUCCCCACCUGCCUUCAGAGAGUGCCUGCGAAGCAUCUGGCCCGCGGGGAUACGAGAGUGUCACCUGGCCAGGGUGGGCAUCCCAAAGAACCCUCGCAACUGAAGCGAUGACAGGCUGAGAGGGUUCUGAGGCAGAACGGCUGAGGCUGGGGCAGGGGCCUUACCUGGGACCUAGGAUCCGAGGGGGAGCUUUGGGGUGAGGGGAUGCCCAGGCCAGGGCAGGCCAGAAAGGGGCUUUGUGGGUCAGGGCCAAACCUGCCCCCAAAUAGGGCUGUGGGAUCUCCUGGCCAUACAAGGCUCUUGGAAUCUGGACCCUGGGGACCCCAGGCAGCUGGGCCCAGCUAAAACGCUGCCGACUGUGCCCAUACCUCGUACUGUGUGCACAGCAGAUCUGGUGCCACCGAGGGGUGUUCUCCCAGCCAGCCACAGACAUGACGGAGCGCCUGACGGCCGAGCAGAUCAAGGAGUACAAGGGGGUCUUUGAGAUGUUCGACGAGGAGGGCAACGGGGAGGUGAAGACGGCGGAGCUGGAGCGGCUCAUGAGCCUGCUGGGCAUCAACCCCACCAAGAGCGAGCUGGCUUCCAUGGCCAAGGACGUGGACAGAGACAACAAAGGAUUCUUCAACUGUGACAGCUUCCUGGCCCUGAUGGGGAUUUACUGGGAGAAGGCCCAGAACCAGGAGGGCGAGCUGAGGGCAGCCUUCCGUGUCUUCGACAAGGAGGGCAAGGGCUACAUCGACUGGAACACGCUUAAGUACGUGCUCAUGAACGCAGGUGAGCCCCUCAAUGAGGUAGAGGCCGAGCAGAUGAUGAAGGAGGCUGACAAGGACGGAGACGGAACCAUUGACUAUGAGGGUGAGUCGGGGACAGGCCUGGGAGCUGGGUGGCUGGGCCAGGCCGGUGGCUGACCUGUCCUCCUGCUCCCAGAGUUUGUGGCCAUGAUGACCGGAGAGUCCUUCAAGCUGGUCCAGUAGGAGCAGGUGCUAUGGCCCUGGGAGGCCUGCCCGAAGAAGGCCACUGCCUGCUGCGGCCCACGCUGCUGCCCAGCCUGCCCCCCCCGCCCCCCCCGGCCAAUAAACACUCCAGACAGA